AUGGCCCGAUUCUCGAUUCUCACGUCACUCCUUGCCCUUGGCUCCCUAGUCCAGGGCCAGUGCGGCUCGGGCACGCCAGACGCCAGCGUCACUGGCGAGGGCAGCUCCUUCACAGCCACCAGUGGCUCAACCGAAGUGUACUCGGGCUCCGACUACGCCGCCGCAAUCCAAGCGGCCAUCGACUCGGUCGGCAGCGGCCAGCGCGUCGCCGUCAUCGCGUCGGGCUCGAUCGGGACCAGCACCAUCACCCUCAACAGCGGCGUCAUCUUCGAGGGCUGCGGCACCAUCGACGUCGGCACCGCCGCGGGACGCGGGUCCAUCGAGUCGACGGACACGACGGACGUGCAGAUCCCCUACCUCACCAUGACGGGCAACCCGUACUUCGGGCUGCGCUUCUCGGGCACGACCGGGCUGGUGCUGGGGGAGAUCACCAUGAACCUCAGCGGCGGGCUGGGCAUCCGCUUCGACCGCGACGAAGCCGCCAACAGCAACGUCAAGAUGGACACGAUCCGCGUGACGGGCGCGGGCAGCCACGCGGUCGAGACGUGGAACAUCGACGGGCUCGAGAUCAACCAGGUCAUCGCGCGCAACUGCGGCGAGUCCGGCCUGCUGCUGCAGACGGUGACCAACGCCCAGGUCGGCCUCGUCGACGGCGACGACGUCGGCGCCGGCACCGGCUACGCCACCCUGCGCUUCGCCAACAACGCCGGCCAGCUCGCCGACGGCAGCUACACCACCAACGUCUACGUCGACAAGGUCGUCUCCCGCGGCGGCGGCCGCGGCGUCUUCUGCGUCUCGCAGUCGGGCGGCGCCGAGAUCGCCGAGGUCGACCUCGCCGACAACGAGAACAACGCCGUGCUCAUCGAGAACUGCUACAACCUCUCCAUCCUGGCCGGCACCGUCGAGGGCGGCGGCGAGGUGCGCAUCUCGGCCCGCGACGAGUUCCCCAACACCAGCGACAUCUCCAUCACGUUGACCGUCAACGGCAACUCCGUCCGCGAGUCGCCUUGCGGUGACAACAUCACCUGGAACCUGUCGGGCGAUGCUUCGCAGGACAUUUGCUGA